UAUGAUGCUUAUAGCCUGAAACCUAGUUGUUUAAUUCUUUGAUCAUAAUACAGGUACUGAACCAAAAUUUAUUUUCAACUGGGAAGCAGAAAAGGCUCGUUCAGCUGGAGAAGCUUUCCUUCUAACAUCGAGAUUCAACAGAUUAUAUACCGUUCUCAGUAAACUAAAAUAUAUAUACUCCUAAUGACAGCAGGGACGACACAAAAGUUUUGAGGCUUAUUAUAGAGCUACCAGAUUGUUGAGAACUGAGAAGAGCAUCAACACAAAUUCAGAUUCUUUCUCCGCAUUCAAGUUCACCCAUUUAGCAAGUACAAAUAUUCCGACUCCUGCUAUAUCUGCUUUGUUACUGAAGUUUGAUUCCACUUCUAUAAAUUUUUUUCCCAAAUGGUUCAAUACUCUACAUAGAUACAUUGAUGUGAGCCAAUUAAUGGAGUGCAAGACAAGAAGGCUGUUCUCUUGCUGGGGAAGUAACAAAAUCUAUGUACAUUAAAGUAUUAAUAGAUGUGAAUAUAUUUUUCUUUCUCGUGCUUAUUAGUCUUCUUCUCAAGCACUUGUACUGAUAAUCUUCUGAUUCGAUCACAAUGGCCUACUCUGGGUUCAUUAUUAGGUAUUUUCAAGUUUAAAUCCUUGUAUCAAAUUCAACUCAACAAAGAGCGAUCGUUAUAUAGAAUGGGCAAUGUAAUCCAGCCCGUCAAGUUUCAACGCAGCAUUUUGGGUGAGCCCAAUCAUAUAGUCCAUUACCAGUCAUCCCUUCCUUGUUAACUUUGUUAGUUUGGUUUGAUUAUGACCAUCAAUUCUUAAAAAAUUACACUGAUCCCGCCCUAAGGUGGACCAAUUGAACAAAUCUUUACUCCACACUUAUUCUUCAUAGGGUUUUGAAAAAACACUCCAGCCUUCAUUUCUCUCCAUGUUCAGUUUGCAUUUGUAACAGGUGGCGGUGAACUUAAUUUCUAACGAUAAUGCAUGCUAUAAAGGGUGGUUGGGUUGGGCAAACAUUUGCCCUAGCUAAGGGCAAUGAGUCUGGAGGGAGGAAGUCUCGAGUUCGGCGUUCAAAGGAGGAGAGGAAGACAAUGGUUGAAUCCUUUAUAAAAAAGUAUCAGAGCUCAAACAAUGGGAAUUUUCCAUCACUGACUCUGACACACAAGGAAGUUGGUGGCUCUUUCUACACAGUACGUGAAAUUGUCCGAGAGAUAAUCCAAGAAAAUCGAGUGCUGGGUCCUGCUCAGUUCAUACCAGAUGAGCUGAGCACAAAUCAAUUUGAUGAACAAUAUCCAUUAGGUUCAAUUUCUAAAGAACCUCAAGCUUCUUUGAACAUAACAUCGAAAGGAAGUCAUUUCAUACCCAACCAUGACCAGGGUACAAGCAAAGAACCAGUUGCAAUUUCUGGUGGGCUCUGCAGUGAGCAUGAAAAGCAAAAGUUUGAGAAUGAGGGAGUCCUCAAUAGGGGCCAGGUAGUUAUGGAAAUUGAAGAAUCUGCUAAAAGGAUAUCUGAAGAAUUGCAAACAUCAAAUGGAAGUCAUUUCAUACCCAACCAUGACCAGGGUGUAAGCAAAGAACCAGUUGCAAUUUCUGAUGGGCUCUGCAGUGAGCAUGAAAAGCAAAGGCUUAACAAUGGGAGCCAGGUAGUUAUGGAAGUUGAAGAAUCUGCUAGAAGGACAUAUGAAGAGUUGCAAACUAGUAAACCAUUAGAAGUAGAGGAAGGAGUUGAAAAAUUGGCAGCUGCUAGAGCUACAGUAACUCCCAUCUCAGCCGAAGUAGUGGUAGAGACGUUUCCUCUAAGGUCUGUCCCUAAGACUGCUGAAAGCUCCGGUGAAAGAUCUGAUGUGGAGAAUUUAACUGAAACUUUGGAGGAAAAUGAAAUUGAAAAGUUAGACUUGGAUUCCGGCAAUGGCAGUGCUCCAUUAGAUCAAAUAAAUUCCUCGGAGAGAAAAGGGGAGAGCCCUGCAGGUAUAGUUUCAGAUAAAAAUUCCGAUUUGGUGGACAAGGAAAUGAUAGAAAAUUCUGCAGACUCACAAGUGAAAAGCUCAAAUUUCUCUACUACAGGAGGCACUGUACCUAAUACUCUGGUCGACAAAGAAGUUGAGGUUGAAGUUUCUGAUAAUGAUGUUUUAACAUCUGGGAUGCAUGAAAAAAGCCAACGGAUUGAUGACACUAAGGAAAUAAAUGCUGCAAAUGGCAAGAUUCCCAGUGGCACUUACAGCAGCAGCAGGGUCGAAUCAAGAACCCCGAAAGGAAUUGUGUUUGAAAAUAAAGCUGAUGUUCAAUGUAAAGAGAGUUUGGAGAAAGGAAGCAAUCCAAAAUUAGACAGAAUUAGAAUUGAAUCAUGGGAUGAAGCAUCAAGAAAUUCUAUUGCAAGAGAAACUAACCCAAUUUUGGUUGCUUUCAAAUCUUUCAUCAAUGCCUUCAUAAAAUUUUGGUCUGAAUGAAAAUCUUGGAUAGGUUGUGUUAUUUUGUUACUGAAAAUGUUUCUGGGAGUGGAUGAAUCUUGUAGAACACUUGUUAUUUAUUUCUUUUCUAGUGUUGAAGAGUGUGGUUAAUUACAUUUCAAUAUUUAUUUUACAAUCUGAAAUAUGUACCCCAUGCUCAGACUUUGCAUGAGUUAAUUAGUUAGUUUAUUCAGUGUUCAUAAGGCUUAAUAAUGGAGAUAAUCUGAGUUAGUUUUGAGUAAGUUAUUCAACUCUAGUGGACACCCUUAUUAGUAAUUGUGGAGACUCGAACUUGGGAGAUAUGUCAGAUCCUCCUCUUACUCUUUUAUCAUCAAAAGGGCUC